AUGGCUCGUGGAGAAGGAACCACGUCAACAAAGACCGAAAAGGGGAGCACUGCUCCGAAGGCUCAAUCCUUGAAAAAGGAGGAAGCGCCUAAGGAAUCUGCCGAAAUCAAGGUUCCAGAAAAGGGCCCCCAGCCCAGCAGGUUGGCGCAGGAAUUGCGCAGUUACCAGGCUGAGAGGAAGAGGCAUUCGAUGGACGUAUAUGUCCAGAUCACGGGUCUGGACUCAGGGAAAACGCGCGGAGUCAAGGCGCUGCUCGAUAGCAGCUGCAGUACCUGCUGCAUCGAUACCGACUACGCACGGGCAGAGAAGUUGGAUAUCCAAGAGCUUCCACAACCCAUUGUGGCUCGUAAUGCCGACAACACCGAGAACAUCAGUGGUCGGAUCACGCACUACGUCGAUCUGAGGAUGAGAAUCGGUCCUCAUGUGGAGACACGCAUGUUCCUUCUGACGUGCUUAGGGAAAGCCCGGAUCUUCAUCGGUCUUGAUUGGCUGAUGGAACACAACCCCGAGGUGGAUUGGCAGGAGCAGACCAUGAGAUUCAGCCGAUGCCCAGAGCGGUGUCACAUGAGAGGUCGCGAGGAACAUCAAGCGAUGAUUGACAUGGAUGCAAUCAACCUGGACAUGGGCGCACCAGAUCUGGAAGAGGAAGAAUCGAUCCUGUUGGUUGAUUUUGGGAAGGAAGUGGACCUGCGAUUGAAGGAAACGCCG